GAGAUCGGCUUCUUCCUCGGCGGAUCUUUGCCGCCUCUUGGAAGGCCACUGACGAUGGAAGAGGCAGAGGAGCACAUCUUCGGCUAUGUCGUGAUGAACGACUGGUCUGCCAGGGACAUCCAAGCCUGGGAAUAUGUCCCCCUUGGCCCUUUCGGCGCCAAGAACUUCGCCACGACGAUCUCUCCGUGGGUGGUGAGCCCGGAUGCUUUGGAGCCCUUCGUCUGCAAAACUUCUGCGGAAGAGCAGACAGAUCCUGAGCCGCUCCCGUACUUGAAAGAGAAGAACUACUCGUCCUACAACAUCCAGCUGGCUGUGGCUCUGCACACUCCGGGCGCAGAAGGUAAGACAGAGACGACCAUCUCCGAGUCGAACUUCCGACAUAUGUACUGGACACCUCGACAGCAGUUGGUACAUCAUGCCGUGACUGGCUGCCCCAUG